CUCUUGUGGCUGGACCUGACCAACGCGCUCAGUCAGCAUCACCGGUCCCGCAUUUGCUGUUUAGACUGUACGGCCACGAUGCUCGGCUGCUCUCGCUCCUGAAGCGUCCAGUGCGCACCUGCUAUCUAUCCAACACCAUGAACACCGCCAUGGCCGCUAACCCGUGAACCGGCGAUCAUUACAUCAGACGGCCUGCGCCCAGCACGGCCCAGCACGACCCCAGCACGACUCAGCGAAGAAACAUGUCUCGCGCUUCGACCGUCUGAACACGUCCAGCGUCCAGCGUCCAGCGUCCAGCGCCCAGCACCAUGCCGUUGACAGAGGGCACGUCGCCGCGGGGCACGCGCUUCGCCGCCGUCCUUGCGCGUCUGUCAGAGCUCCCCGGCUACGUCUGGGACUCGGACAUCAAGCCAUUCCACUCGUCCUACGACAACUGGCACUUUUUUGGCCACCAGAAGGCCUCGGCUGCGCAGGAACGACCACCCUCUCGAGGACGCAGCGCUGUGGCCUCGCCGACCGCCUCGCACUCGCCAGACUCGCACCGUCCGCCAAACGUACUCAGGCACAAAUCAUCUGGCAGCGAUGCCAGUGCGGCAACUGCACAAACGCAGGCCACUGCCACCACCGUACACAGGGAGGGCCGCGCAGUGGUAUGUCGAGUAUCGAACCACACACUGCGACUCGAGCGAGAAUAUCAGCUGUCCAAGGUCAUCGUCAACAAGUCAGAUCCAGGGUGCAGACACUUCGUGCGCCCCAUCGAGUUUGUCAGACUGCCCACGAAAGCUGGCGAGGAGGCCCUCGUUGCUAGUAUCUUCGAGGCUCCCGGGCAGAACUAUCUGAAGGACCUGGUUACUUUUGGUCCCAACUGGUACAACUUCACAAAUCGCGACAACAUGUGGCAGUCGGCCAAUCCUCGCCCCAGCACAGGCGUACCUCUACUCACCUUCCUCGACUUCGCAGUCGGAGCAACAGAGUGUCUGGAGAUUCUGCACCAUGGCCACGAAAUGGUCCAUGGCGAACUGCGAGGAGACGCCUUCCACUUCGCUGAGAACGGCCAUGUCAAGAUGAUCAAUUUUGGAAGCGGGGCCAGGUCUUUCGAGAACGGACUCACCUCUGCCGGCUGGAACACGCUGAGCCGGGAAACGGGGAUUGAGUUGAAGCUUGCCUUCAUUGCGCCAGAGCAGACGGGCCGUAUGCCUGCUGAGCCAGACAGCCGGACCGACAUCUACAGUCUGGGAAUCCUGUUCUACACGAUGCUCUGUGGAAACACGCCUUUUGACGGCCCUACAGCCUUGGACGUCAUGCAGAAUGUGUUGAGCAAGAGAAUACCUCCUGUUUCCUCCGGGCGCAUCGACAUUCCGGAAGCACUAUCUAUGGUCAUCCAACGAAUGACGCAACGGAACAUCGAAGAGCGCUAUCACUCAACCUCAGGUCUCAAGUUCGAUCUCAUCAGAAUCCGCGAGCUCCUCUCUGAAGGCGACGGCGAGGGACUGAAAGCAUUCAAGAUUGGCUCAAAAGACAUCAGCUGCUUCUUCAAUCUCCCACUCCAGCAAAUCGGUCGCGACAAGGAGCGUCAGACGAUCAUUGAUGUGAUUGAGCGCGUGUCCAAGCGCCGGCGAGGUGGUGUAAAAGUCCUGAACAGCUUGAGCUCCAACUCAUCGUUCUCGGAUGGGCAACUCAACUUUCAAUACGAUGACGUCAUAUCUGACACUUCUAGCUCGCGAGGCUCAGAAAGUCGGCUGAACAGCGUUUCCUCGACGGCGCCUGGGUUCCUUGAUCAAGCAGGACGCACUCAACGAUCGCAGGACAGCGUGACCCAAGCGAGGGACUCGGUCGCUGAGGAGAGCCCUGGCCGACCACCCCUGGUGACAACGAGUCGAGGCCACUCCAAUAAUAGCAUGGAAGGUUCAUCCUCCUUAUCGAGAUCUGCUCCGUCGAGCGAUAGCACAGUCAUGCGCAAUUUGUCCAGCGCUCGAUCAGCGAGCCGCAAAGGUCGCUGCGAGGUAAUUGCUGUCGGUGGAGCCACUGGUCUCGGCAAGUCACGUCUUGUCCAAAGCGUACAGAGCACGGCAAGAAGUAAUGGUUACUUUGCGUCCGCCAAGUUCGACAAAACAAAAAAGGCCCCUUUCGACCCUGUUUUGAAAGUCAUGUCUUCGAUGUUCCGACAGGUCUUCAGUGAAGCAGACGUGUCGUCCGAGUUUCACAACAGCUUACGCAACUUCCUCAAGAGCACAGGCGUAUGGACGGCACUGCGAAGCUACCUGGAUCUGCCGGAUUGGCUGCUCAGCACGGGUGGAGCGCCGAAGACGCCUCAGCAACGCGAUACGGAUCCCACGAUUGCUUUAAGGCGCGCAUCCUCGCCGGCUAUACAUUGUGGAAGUUCUGGAUACACAGCUGAAGCAUGGCUGCGAAGCGGGGGUGCAUCGAAAUCAACAAAGUUUAUGAGCGUGUUUAUUGAUGUUCUUCGGCUCUUCGCUGUGCAGAAGCUAUGCAUAUGGACCCUCGAAGACGUACAGAACGCCGAUUCGGAAAGUGCGGAACUCAUACACCACACUAUUCAAGCUAAGAUUCCGCUUGUGCUGAUACUCACCUACACUGAUGAGGAAGGCAUACCCCGAGAGCUCCGACCCUCGAUCCAGUCGGCCACCAAGGUGCAGUUGUUCCCGUUCACCGAAGCCCAAAUCGCUGAUUACGUCGCCGAAACCCUUCAUCGUGAUCAUCAAUACAUCCUUCCUCUGGUCGCCGUGAUUCAGGAAAAGAGUAGGGGCAAUCUGUUUUACAUCAGAGAGAUACUAGACACAUGCUAUCGCAAGCAAUGCGUCUACUACUCUUGGCGCGAGAAUAACUGGCUUUUUGAUCUCGACAAGGUCUUUGAGGUAUUCGAGAGCACGGAGUAUGGUUCCUCUAUGACCAACGACUUCAUCACGAAGAGGCUGCUCGAGUUACCUGCUGAUACUCGCAAGCUGUUGGCAUGGGCUUCAUUAUUAGGCGGCGCUUUCUCAUAUGAUCUGGUCUCAAGUCUGUUAAAUCCGAAGAAUGCGCCCGCAGAUGCAGAGAGAUUGCCGCUCUUUGGAGAAAAGGAGUGCAUUGUGACAGCACUGAAUGGAGCGCUCAACGCUUACAUUCUUAUGCCUGCUGAAAGCGAGUCUCGAUUCCGCUUCAGCCACGACAGAUAUCUGUUUGCAGCCGCCAGUCUGCUUGAGAAAGAUUGGAAUACUUCGAUGAUGCACUACGAGAUUGCCCGGAUUGUGAGCUCGAGCGGCGAGUGGUAUGACGAUGCAAUGGGUGACUCCAGGGCCCUGUACAUGCGAAGCCGUCACAUUUGCCUCGCUGUUGACUUGAUCAAGGCCAGAGAAGCAAGCCGCGCUCGUUUCCGGGAUGUCCUGUAUCAAGCUGGAGAAACAGCGGCCGAGUCAGGAGCACGAUCUACCGCGAUCUAUUACUUCGCGCACUGUCUGAUGCUCCUGCAGGACGAUCCAUGGGACGACUCGAAACACGAUGUCUCGUACCAGGAAACGUUGCAACUCUUCAUUCGCUCAGCCGAAUGCUACUGGCAUCAGAACAUGCUUGAUGAAGCACUCAGCCUUAUUCGGACAACCUUCCAACAUGCUCGCGAUCCCUGCGACAUGGCAAGCUCGUUCAUAUUACAGUCGCGAGUUCAUGCCGUACGUGGAGACAGCUUCGGCGCCUUCCAAGCCUUGAAAGACUGUUUGUCUCUGCUGGGAUCUCCAAUACCUCCUACAACCUGGGAGGAAUGUGAUGCCGAGUUCCAGAAGGUGUACUCUCGUCUACAAAACAUCGACAAACAGGAAUUACUGGCACGCCAACCACCUCAAGACGAUCGCGUACUUUUGACGUUGGGCCCCGUAUUCGUCGAACUCCUUAGCGCAGCCUUUUGGUCAAAUAGUCUGUUGUUCUACCAGGCCACACUGAAAUUGGUCAACAUCCAUCUUGAGCAAGGGGCUAUGUCUCAGGUCGCACUCGCUUAUGUCUACCUCGGCAGCAUCGCCGGUGGCCGCUUUGCGAUGUUGACCUUUGCUGCAGAUAUGGGAACGAUAGCUAAGAGACUCUUCAAGAUGUUCCCCGACGAUAGCUACACCCUUGGUCGUGGCCAGACUCUGCACCCGUUGUUCCUAGGGCAUCUAGAGGCGCCAGCUGCGGAUCUAAUCCCUCAUCUUCAUGUUGCACUAGAGACGGCUUUGACCGCAGGCGAUCGCUUACUUACUCUGCUGAACCUUGGUACCCAGGCUCACUUUAGGGUCAUGGCCUGCUAUGAUUGUGUGGAGAUAGAAGCUUACGUCGAUGAAACACCUCUGAAUUUGAAGAAUUGGCAACAAGAUCUUCGAGGAGGUGUACUUCUGGUGGCGUCUCGCCAGUAUGCCAGGGCUCUUCAAGGCAAGACAAAUAUCGCCGAUGCAUCAACGGUCUUCACCGACGAAGAACACGACUCCGCUGCCUACAUCGAGUGGGUCGAAAAGACAGCAAGCAACCCAAAACGGCCGAAAACUUACUACUUUGCUAGCAAGCUGCCAGUAUUGGUAUUAUACGGCUACUACGAAGAGGCGUGCGCUCUAGGCGAGCUUCUCCUGCCGAUGCUGGGCAGUCUUUGGUGUCAGCGUGUCAACUACUCUGUCAUGUACCAUCUCUCGUUGGCUUACUUGGCAGUGCUGCGCGACAACAAGGAGCAUCCAAAGAAAGAGCAGAUAUUCAAACAUGUGCUCACCACCAUCAACCAACUGGAGGCUUGUUGUGCCAUCACAGAUGUCAACUAUCGGUCUUGGAUCCACACACUCGCCGCUGUGCUUGCAGAAGUCAAUGACGAUCCUCAGACAGCGUUAACGAACUACGAGGCAGCAAUGGACCACAGUGAGAUUCACGGUUUCACCUUGGACGAAGCCCAUGCCCUGGAAUUGUAUGCCGAAUGGCUGGUUCGGAAGAAAGCCAACAGACCAGCUCGCCAUGCUCUCAACGACUGCAUCUCCGUGUACCGAAGAGUAUCCGCAUAUGGAAAGGCGAACCAUGUCAUCGACAAGUACGAGUUUCUCCUGCGCGGCACGGUAUCCCUUACAACAGUGGAUGUCGCGGUACAAACCACAAUCAUUGACACAGGGAAUACGACGUUCAGGCUCGAGCAAAAUGAGGACCAUGAACAGCUUCUUGGAGCUGAGACGGCAGUUGACCGGACACAGAACUGGAUCGUUCCCGAGAAUGGACGACGUCAUGAUUCAUCCAACGACCUUCGCAACGGCUUCUCUGCCGUCGGUCUUGAUAUGCUUGAUCUGUCCUCGAUCCUGGAGUCCUCCCAGGUCCUUUCGAGCGAACUCAAGGUUGAUAAGCUGAUGGCUAAGAUGGCUUCCAUCAUCCUUGAGUCGACAGGAGGUACGCUCUGUGGUAUUGUCAUCGAAGAUGCACAGAUCGAAUGGAGCAUCGCUUGCGUAGCGGCCAGCGAGUCCAACAAUGACCCAGGGAUCUCUUCUGGUGUCACGUCAUAUCCAGCAGGCCAGCCACUGGACACUGUAGACGACAUGGUCGCUCGACAAGUGACACUAUACACUUUGCGUUUUCGAGAGAACGUGUUCGUUCAGAACCUGCUGGAAGACGACCGCUUUUCAAACGUGUCGGACUCAUACCUGAAGCGGAAUCCAGAGGGCAAAGCGGUGAUUUGCAUACCGAUCAUUCACUCCGACCACCUUCUCGGUAGCAUAUACGUCGAAGGUCCACCGAACUCGUUUACAGAACGCAAUACACAAGUACUACGUCUUCUUGUUAACCAGAUCUCUAUCUCUCUGGCAAAUGCUCUGCUCUUCAAGGAGAUCGAACGAGUCAGCGCCAGCAACGAAGCAAUGUUAGAGAUGCAGAAGCGGGCGCUAGCGCAGGCAAGAGCGGCUGAGAUCAAGGCCAAAGAAGCCGAGGCCAUUGCGAUCAGGAACAUGAAGCUCAAAGAGGAGGCUGCCAAGGCUAAGAGCCUCUUCCUUGCUAACGUUUCUCACGAACUGCGAACCCCCCUCAACGGAGUGAUCGGCAUGUCUGAGCUCCUCAAGGCUAGUCUGCUGAAUCCGGAACAGCAAGGUUAUGCCGACUCCAUUCGAGUAUGUGGUGACACGCUUCUGUCGAUCAUCAACGACCUUCUCGACUACUCCAAGCUCGAAGCUGGUAAGAUGAACGUCCAAGAGAUGCCUCUGUCUCUGAACGAGACCAUUACUGAGGUUGUUCGUGCCCUGGCGUAUACGAACGCUGAACGCGGCCUAAAGACCAUUGAGCAGCUCGAGCUGAACCCCGAGAUGCUGGUCAUGGGUGACCCUGUCCGACUCCAUCAGAUCUUAAUGAACUUGUUGUCCAACAGCUAUAAGUUCACCCCACGAGGAUCCGUUACCGUACGUGCCGUGGUCGACCAAGAAGGACCGGACUGGGCCGAUGUUACGUGCAGCGUCAUCGACACCGGCAUCGGUAUUCCAGAAGAGCAGAAGAAGAAAUUGUUCUUACCCUUCUCUCAAGUCGAGUCCUCAUCAGCACGCAGCUACGGCGGCACAGGUCUCGGCUUGAGCAUUGUCAAAGCGCUGAUCGAGAACGUCAUGCACGGCUCAGUCCGUCUUGACUCGACACCCGGCGUAGGAACGACAGUCUCCUUCUCCCUCCGCUUCGCAAAGGUGAAUAUGGCCGGACCUCUGGCACAGAACUACACGCGCGACGUAGAUCCAAUGGCCAAGUUCUCUAGUCAGGAGAACAACGGCCACGAGCAGUCUGCUGGCACCUGCAUCGAUCUCUCCACCAUUCCUCGCGCAGAUCUGCGCAUCUGUAUUGCCGAGGAUAACUUGAUCAACCAGCGCAUUGCGAUCUCAUUCGUGCAAAAGCUAGGCUUCAAGUGCGAUGCCUAUCUCGACGGCUUCAAAACUAUCGAUGCACUCGAGCGCGCAAGCGAUAACGGCCGCCCCUUCCACCUCGUGCUUAUGGACGUCCAGAUGCCUCACUGCGAUGGCUAUAAAGCCACAAGACUCAUCCGCAAGCACCCCAACCCCGAAGUCCGCAACGUCCUUAUCAUCGCGAUGACCGCCUCCGCCAUCCAAGGCGACCGCGAGAAAUGCCUCGACUCGGGCAUGAACAACUACCUCGCGAAGCCCGUGCGCGCGCAGACCCUCAAGGCGCUGCUCGAAAGCUAUCUGAAUAAGGAUGAGCGGCCGAAGGAGAUUCCGAAUCUGCAGACUGAGGUUAAGAAAUUGGUUAAGGAGGCUUUGAGCGAGGCGGGGGCGGAUCAGCCGCUUAAUGUAGUGAAGAACAAGGUCAAUGAGAAGAAGGAUGGGGAGGGCACAGAGACGGAGACGGAGACGAAGACGGAGACGGAGACGAAGACGGAGACGGAGAGACCGGAACGGCCGAGGAGUGUGCGGAUGAGUACGACGAUACCCUGGGCAACUGGGGCUCGUUAGCUUUGCAGGCUGUUGCAUAGCAAGGCGUUUGGUUGUAUUCAUCUACGACUUGAACGACUGCAAAAAUGGAGUUGUGAUUUUUGCAUGU